AUGGACCUCUUCGGCUCGCUUCAGAAGGAGCUGCAGAAGCAGAGUGAGGAGCUGUCACGGGAGUACGAGCAAUGCGCCGAAGCGGCAGCGGCGAGCACGCCGCAGCACACGCCUGCUGGCAGCAGCGGCAGCAGCAGAGGAGGAGACGGCGACUUUUUGGGCUCGCUGGGCCUCGGCGGCUUCUCUCCGGCCGCCUUCACCACCGAGGCGCUUUCCAGCGUCUCCAAAACACUGUCCGACAUGCCGCGGCUCGACAUCCCCUUCCCGGCGGAGGAUACCGCCACUCCGAAGCCACGCACCGCCUCGGCCGCCCCGGUUCCCGCUGAAACGUCGACGACCCAGCCCGCGCAGCAGACGCGGGCGGGAGCGACUCCGGCGGGAGCGACAAGAGCGGCGGAGGAGAGGGCGCGGCUGGCGGCGGCGCGAGCGGCGGCGCAGGCGCAGGCGGCGGCGCAGGCGCAGGCGCAGGCGGCCGCGGAGGCGGCGGCGGCGGCGCGGCGAGCGGCGCAGGCGGAGGAGUCGCGGCGCGCGGCGGCGGACGCGGACGCGGACGGCGACUCGCCUCCGUCGCCCGACGGCCCUGCGCCGUCCUCUCCGGACGCCGCCGCGGAGGGGUCUCCGCCAGACUCUGCGUUUGGGUGGGGCGCCUUUCUGGUGGCGGAGGCGUUGUCUGCCGCCGUGCGCGACUCUCGAGAGGCGGGGCAGCGGCUGGUGCACCUCGAGCGGGAGGCGAGGGAGGCGAGGGCGGAGGCCGCCCGGCUCGCUGCGGCGCUCGCGGCGGAGGAGGAGCGCAGGAGGGAGGCGGAGGAGGCGGGGGAGCGCGCAGCCGCACGGGCGGCGGAGACGGAGGCGGCGGCGGAGGAGGCGGCGCGGCGCGGCGCGGCGGCAGAGGCGGAGGCGGCGGCGGCGCGAGCCGCUGUCGGCGCUGCGCUUGAGGCGCAGCGCACAUCCGACGCUUCCGCGGCCGAGGCGCGAGAGGCGGAGGCGGCGAUGGCGGGGCGCCUCUCUGCCACCGCGGAGGAGGCGGAGGGAGGGGCGGGUGCGCUGGCCGCCGCCCUCGGCCGUGCCGAGGCGGCGGAGGCGGCGGCGGAGGCGGCGGAGGCGCGUGCCGAGGCGGCGGAGGCGGCGGCGGAGGCGGCGGAGGCGCGUGCCGAGGCGGAGGCGUCCGAGGCGGCGGCGGCGCGAGCGGCGGCGGCGGCGAGCGAGGCGGCGAUGGCGGAGCUCUCCGAAGCGGCUGCUGCGCUCGGCAUGGGCGGCGGCGGCGGCGGCGGCGGCGGCGGCGGGGAGGGGGAGGGGGAGGAGCGGGCGCACGAGGCGAUGGAGGAGCAGCUGGCGGCGGCGGAGCUGGCGGCGCGCGAGGAGGCCGAGGCGGCGGCGGCGGCCCGCGACGAGCUCUUCCAGGAGGCGAGCGCGCUGCAGCGCGAGGCGGCGGCCCACAGCGGAGGGGAGGCGGGACUGCGGGGCCUCGCCUCGGAACCCUCUCGGAACGAGCAGCUGUACUCGGAGGCCGCCAAGCUGCAGGCGGAGGUUGCGCGCCUCAGGAGAGAAGGGUGCGGGGGUCGCGCCGCCAUGUCUCCCCGCGCCUCCUUUUGA